AUGCCCAAGACGGCCAAGGCAGCCAAAGCCAAGGCCGCCGGCAGCGGCGCGGACGCUGCCAAGGCCCUACGGCCGAAGGCGGCGGCAGCGCAAAAGGCGGCGCCGCGAAGCCUCGGAGAAGUGGAGGGGAUUCCUUGGAGCGGCAAGCUGGGCGUUCCGAAGAGCUUCGAGCAGCGGAGCUCCGAGAUCGCCGACUGCGCGGAGCGGGGUGUCCUUCUGGAAGACCUUCAAGACUUGGCUGUCUAUGCCGAAGAGGUCAGCGAGGCCUCCUAUUUGACAAAUCACAAAGGCAGCGCGGUGGCAUGGCCUGCCGUAAACCUCUAUGUCAUCAACGAUCACUUCGUGAAGCCCUUCACGCUUCCUUUCAAGUGCUCGUGGGUGGAGCUGGUGUCUGCAGGCCCUCAGCCACCCACUUGGUUUGUGAGUCAUUGGUGGGGGACGCCCUUCUUCCAGACUGUCUCGCUCUUGGAGUUCCACACGCAGCAGAGACUCCUGGAGAAGGACGCGCCUUAUUGGAUUUGCACCUUCGCAAACAACCAGCACGACUUGAGCGGCUUGAGCGGACAGCUCCGCGAGACGCCCUUCGUGAAGGCCAUCCUAAGCCCCAGGUGCCAAGGAACUGUGGCGCUCCUGGAUUCCGAAGUCACCACCUUCGACAGGAGCGCCAAAGUGCACGUCCGCGUUGGUGCGUGGCUAGAUGCGCUCUUGUUGGGGUGGGUCGCUGUGGUAGAUGUGCUGAAGAUGCUGAAUUGCUCAGAUGAAACACUUCAAUUGAUAGCUCGUGACUCGUUAGAUAAGUUUUCUCCUGGUGACGUGGCCAAGCAUUCGUCAGAGCUGCAGAAGGUGAUUGAGAUCGCUGACAGUCCUGUUCCCGUGGUAGAGAACGUGUGUGAAAAAUUGGGCGAGCUCUCGCCUGAGGACUUGGCCAACGCAGCAGACCUGCCUCAGAAGCUCAAAAUGCAUGACACAGAUGCUUCGACUCAACUUCGCGAGAUGCAUGCAGAUUCAGUCAAGAUGAUGAGUGUGGAAGCAAAAGGUUGGCUUCCGGCAAAUUCAGCGCUACAUGGUGGCAAAGCCGUGCCAGCCAAGCCCACCUUGCGCAUGGACACCGGCGAAGGUGCCAAAGUUUCUUGGAGGGAGCGCUGUGGUGUCGAUGAGCUCGGCAAACGACCGAAGAGGAACACCCGGGUGCGUAAGAUGUUCGCGCCUGGGGCGCUCUACAAGGCUGCCCUUCACAACGAAGUCCCUGAACUCUCCAAGUUGCUGACAGAGUUCCCAGAGGCCAAAGACGAAGGCAUCAGCGAUGGUGCGGGGCCAGUCUAUGCAGCUGCGAUGUGCUGCGGCGCCAAGGUUUUCGGAUGGCUUGGAGGGCACGGGGUCUUCAUCGCAACGCAGUUUGGGAGCACCGAUGCCUUGAUGAAGGAUCUCCUGUCUGCCAGGGCGAGCCCAGAUCUGGCGCGAAGGGAGGAUGGGGUGACGCCGAGUUUCAUGGCUGUGCAGAACGGGAAGAUUGAGGAGCUCACCUUGCUCCUGGAAGCGCGGGCGGAUCCACAGCAAUUGACGACCAAAGGAGCAGCCGCCUUGCAUUUGGCAGUGCAACUGGAUAAAGCUGAUGUUGUGAAGGUCCUAUUGGAGCACAAGGCAGAUCCGAACCUGGAGACGGCGCAGGGCCAACGACCACUGUCGCUGGUGAAGGGUAAGAAGGUCACCAAGCUCCUGCAAGACGCUGGCGCCGAAGUCGCUGCGCCGGUGUCCGCGGCGCCAACGGCGGCCGCGGGAAGCUCCGCCCCGCUGGUGCCCAAGGCUCCCCCGAAGGGGAAGGCCAAGGCGAAGGCCAAGGCGAGCUUUGCUGCUGCAAGUGCGAAUGUGACACAGCAGAUUGGCCUCAUGGGAGCCUAUGAGCUCUUGGAGCAAUGA